GCCGCGCCCGCCGCCCCGGGACGCCGCGGGGAGCUCCGGACGCGUCUGCGGCGGCCGCUGGAACCGGGCAGCGUGCGGGAGACAGUGCGGAGCUCGGCCCCGGGAUGUUCCAGCUGCCUACCUUCACUCUCCGAGUGCCUGAGAACACUGAGAGCAAUGGCCAGGAGCCGAGUCCGGACAACGAGGGGGCCCUGCACAGUUCCUUCCUCCAGCUCAUCGAGGAGCAGAGCAGCCUGGUGGCAGGGGAAGUAGAAAUGGAACUGCAGGAAAGGGACAGAGGGCCCCCAGCUCUCCUGGUCCCCCUGGGCCCCUGGGUCACUGCUGGGCUGGAGCCCGAGCAGGAUGAGCAGCACCCCGGCUACGCCACCACCCUGCGCAUCCUGGCCAGCAUGCCCAGCCGCACCAUCGGGCGCAGCCGUGGGGCCAUUAUCUCUCAGUACUACAACCGCACGGCGCGGCUGCGGCGCCGGAGCAGCCGUCCAUCCCUGCAGCAGCUCAGCCGCACGGCACGGCCCAGCCUGCGUCAGUACAACCUGGAGAGCGACCCGGCCCAUGCCACGCUGGCAGACAAGCAGAGACUGCUGGUAAAUGAGCUGCUGAGCCUCUCACCUGCACAGCGCGGCCGCAUGCUGCUGGAGCUGCCUCUCAGCCUGGCGGAGAAGCGCAGCCUCCGGAGGCAGCUGAACCAGAAGAGGAGCACUCUGGGGCUGCGCACCCGCUCUGCAGAGCCCACCUCUCCCUGUGCAUGGUGCCAGGUCUGCAUUGUGCUUGGUUGCCGGACCCUCUGGUACAGGUUCCUGGCACUGGUCCACACCGCACGGCCCUGGCACUACACCUUGAAGCAGAUCAGUGGCCGCUUUGGCUCCAGUGUGCUCUCCUACUUCCUCUUCCUCAAGACUCUCCUCAUGUUCAACAUCUUCUCCUUCCUCCUCUUGGUUUUUGUGGUUGCCCUGCAGGCUGCUUAUCCCCCUGCUGUGGCCAGCCCCCGUCCCUUUGCUGGCCUUGAGCUCCUCACCGGAGCGGGCUCUUUCACUCACUCGUUGUUGUACUACGGCUACUACAGCAACAUCACCCUGAACGACCCCUCUGCCUCCAGCCCCAAUGGCAGCGCGGGCCCCACCAUAGCCACCCCGCUCAUGUACAACAUGCCACUGGCCUAUGUGUUCACCAUUGGGGCCUUCUUCUUUGCCACCUGCAUCCUGCUGGUGUACAGCAUGUACCGCUCCUUUGUGAAGAGCUGCCGCGUGGGCAGCUCCACCACGGUGGUCCUGGCCAUCAAAAUCUUCUGUACAUGGGACUUCAAGGUGGUGCAGAGGCACUCGGUGAAGCUGCAGAGUGAGAAUAUCUGCACUCAGCUGAAGGAGCUGCUGGCGGAGCAGCGGACACGUUCCUGCCGCCUGAGCCUCCUCCAGUGGCUGCGACACAUCACCGUGCUCCUGCUGGCCUGGCUCCUAGCACUGGGCACAGUGCUGGGCUGCGUGGUGGCUGUGUACUACUUCUCAGAGCACAUGCACGUGGUGCAGCAGGAACAGGGAGCUGCAGCAGGCAGUGCAUGGCAGCAGGAAGGCAUCCUGCUGGCCCUGCCGCUCAUCGUGUCACUCCUCAACAUGCUGAUGCCCCACUUCUACAACCUGCUGGCAGCGUGGGAGAAGCAAGCUUCCCCAGAGGCGGAGGUCUACGUGGCCAUCUGCAGGAACUUCCUGCUGAAGAUGGUGGUUCUUGGCUUGCUCUGCUACCAGUGGCUCAGCCACAGAGUGAUUUCCUCCGCCAGCGAGUGCUGGGAGACACGUGUGGGGCAGGACCUGUAUCGCUUCGUGGUGAUGGACUUCAUAUUCACCCUGCUGGACACUGGCUUUGGGGAGCUGCUCUGGAGACUGAUCCUGGAGAAGAAGCUGAAGAGUAAGCGGAGGCCUGAGUUUGACAUUGCCCAAAAUGUGCUGGAGCUCAUCUAUGGGCAGACCCUGACCUGGCUGGGCGUUCUCUUCGCACCACUCCUCCCAGCAGUGCAGGUGCUGAAGCUGCUGCUGCUCUUCUACAUCAAAAAGACCAGCCUGAUGCAGAACUGCCAGUCCCCCAGCAAGCCCUGGCAAGCAUCUCGUAUGAGUACUGUCUUCAUCAUGCUCCUCUUCUUCCCGUCCUUCCUGGGCGCAGUGUUGUUCGUCUCUUACACUGUCUGGUCGGUGAAGCCAUCAGAAACCUGUGGCCCCUUCCGGGGGCUGCAAACCAUCUCCGUAGCUUUGAAGGUCUGGGUGGAGCUGCUGAAGGACUCCAACCCCAACAUCACCUGGUUCAGCUGGAUCCAGCAGUACCUGCUGGAGAACACCUUCUUCCUGUUCUUCCUCUCUGGGAUGGUGCUAGCUGCCAUCUACCACAAAAUGCUGGUGGUGAGUGGCCAGCGCCGGAUCAUCCACCUGCUGAAAGACCGGAUUACCUAUGAAGGGGAAGAUAAAAGAUUCCUGAUUGGGAAGCUUCACUCCAUUUACGAGCAGAAAGCGAGAUGCGCUUGAUCCCAGUGUCACAGACCCCAGGAAGGAGCAGGGCAGAAUGGGACAGCUCACCACCAGGAACUGGAACUGGCUGCUCCUGGAGCCGUGUGGCAUUGCCCUGGGAGCAGAGAACUGUGCGCUUGCAAGUGCUCUCUUGCAGCAGCCAAGGACUGCUGGGCAAUGUGCAGCACAGAGAUAAGGGUGCUCCCCCCGCCCCCCCCGGGGCCAGGAGCACAGCCCUGCUGCUGUGUCCCAGCACAGCUCUGUGGGACUGGUUUGCACACGUAGCUGUGCAAAAAACUACUCUCCUUCCUGCAAACUACCUGGCCAGCCUGGAAAGCAGCACCUUGCAGCAUGCUGGAACAGAGAUAGUGAAGUUUUCUGCCUCAUGAAGUGGGACCAGCAUGGUGUGCGCGCACAGGGACUUCCAACGGCA